AUGUCCGAGAUUAAGACAGUAGGCGUUGUCGGAACUGGCGUCAUCGGAGCCUCGUGGACGGCGCUCUUCUUGGCUCAUGGAAAACAUGUCCUGGUCGCAGAUCCAGCGCCAGAUGCAGCCAACACUCUAAGAGCUCAUCUUGAAUCGUUCUGGCCACUAGUAGAGCAGAUCGGACUUUCGUCUGGCGCAUCCCUGCAAAAUUAUCGCUUUGUCGGUGCUAGCCUCGGAGAGCACUAUGGCGAAGUGGAUUACGUACAGGAAAACGCGCCGGAGAGACUCGACCUGAAGAAAAAGCUGAUCGCAGAGAUCGAUUCCAAGACUCGACCCGAAGUAGUCAUUGCAUCCUCCUCCUCAGGCAUCCCUAGUUCACAAUUCGUGACGAGCUGCAAGCAUCCUGAGCGCGUACUCAUCGGCCAUCCUUUUCAUCCGCCUCAUAUCAUGCCGCUUGUCGAGGUUGUGGGACAUCCGGGUAGUAGCGAGAACGCAAUUGCCACCGCCAUGCAGUUCUACACCUCGGUCGAUAAACGGCCUAUACAUAUCAUGAAAGAGACGCCGGGUCAUGCUGCGAAUCGUUUCCAAGCGGCGGUGAUGAAUGAGGCGUUCAGUUUGGUGUCUCAUGGGGUCCUUACCGCUACGGAUGUCGAUGCGUGCAUAACCACUAGUCUCGGGCCCCGCUACGCGCUGAUGGGCCCUUUCCUAUCGAACGUCAGUGGUGGAGGUGGUGGUAAAGAUGGGUUCAGACACCUGCUCGAGCACCUUGGGCCUGCUGUGCAAGGCUGGCUGAAGGAUAUGAAAGAUAAGCAAAUCAGCUACGACGCAGAGACCUACGAUAAGCUGAGCGAAAGUGUGAGGAAAGAGCAAGAAAUCUUCGAUAUUAAAGAGGUCGAGAAGCAGCGAGAUGAGCUGCUUGUGCGGCUAUUAAAGGACAAGAAGACUGCCUCAGCGAUAGUCUAG